AUGUCUUCAGUUGCGCGAAGACAUCGGACUGCUCAGGCUGAGGAAAGCUCCGAAGAAGAGGCACCUCGAAAUACCCAACGGCGCAGAACGCAAGCAGAUUCUGAGGAUGAAGAAGAGGAUGAAGCAGAAGAGCCUGUGGAAGAUACGAUGGAAUUGGACAGCGAUGAGGGGCACAGGCAGGUGGUGAAGAAAUUGGUGAGAUAUGCACUCGCAUGCGAGUUCCAGCGAAAAUAUAUCAGGAAAGCGGACAUUAUGGAGAAAGGUGUGUUAAAGAUACAUUUUCGACAUCUUGUCAUUGCUGACAAGUCAGUAAUUGGGAAACAACAGCGAGGCGGAGCUUUUAAGAGGAUAUUUGAUGCGGCGCAGAAGGAUCUGAGGUUGAAGUUCGGGAUGGAGAUGGUGCAAAUGACUUCCAAGGAGAAGAUUACCAUGAAGGAGAAGCGAGCUGCGUCCAAAGCCAAGGCAACGUCCAAAGCCCCCGAUUCGUAUAUUCUCACUACGAUCCUCCCAAGCGAGUACCGCAUCCCUGACAUUAUGCCCGCCUCCAAUAUCGAAAGCGAAGAGAAAGAAGCCUCGUAUAUAGGCAUCUGUACCACAAUAGUCUCACUCAUUGCACUCAGUCCUAACGACUGCCUUCCUGACCACAAACUUUUAUCAUACUUACAACGAUUGAACUUAGAUGUCAAUACUGGAUUUGGAAAAACGGAGGUUUUGUUGGCAAAAAUGGCCAAGGACGGCUACAUCUACAGGACGAUUGAAAAGACUGUAGAUGAAGAGCAAAUAGACUGGCGAGUCGCUGCAAGGGGGAAGGCCGAGAUAGGGAAUAACGGGAUUCAAGGGCUGGUGAGAGAAGUCUAUGGUGAAGAAGCGCCGACGGACCUGGACAAGAAGCUCCAGAGAAGUUUGGGGAUGGAAGUCAAAAAAUUGGAUGAAAAUCGGGAUAAUGGCAUCGAGGAGGAACAGCCACAGGAGGAAGAGGAAGAAGAAGAAGAAGAAAACGAGGCGCCAGAUCCAAGACCUAGUAGGAGGCGGAGUGAGAGAUGA